CCGGACCUCUGGGUCUGAGGGAGGACGGGGCUGGGACCAACCUUCCGGCUUCUGGCUUUCCUGGCAACGCCCCCCAGGGCCGGGCUUCCAGGAUCCAGCCCCUAUUUACCGUUCGACCCCAAGACCUCACCGGACUUCGAGGUGGAUAGAAGCCUGGAGGGAGUGACAGUCUCGCGCGGGAUGGCAACGGGAACGCGCUAUGCUGGGAAGGUGGUCGUCGUGACCGGGGGCGGGCGCGGCAUCGGAGCCGGGAUCGUUCGAGCCUUCGUGGAAAGCGGUGCCCAAGUGGUUAUCUGUGACAAAGAUGAGUCCGGGCGUCGGGCGCUGGAGCGGGAGCUUCCUGGCACUGUCUUUCUGCUCUGUGAUGUGACUCAGGAGGAAGAUGUGAGGACCCUCGUUUCUGAGUCCAUCCACCGUUUCGGCCGCCUGGAUUCAUACCCGGGAGAUGAUCAUCAGGAUGCAUUUCAAUGGGGCGGGGGGAGAUCCAGGGGCUUGGGUGGCUUACCCUGCCUUCUGUCUCCCCAGCUCGCCCUUCCUCACCUGCGCAAGAGCCGGGAGAAUGUCAUCAACAUCUCCAGCCUGGUCGGGGCAAUUGGCCAGUCCCAGGCGGUUCCCUAUGUGGCCACCAAGGGGGCAGUAACAGCCAUGACCAAAGCCUUGGCCCUGGAUGAGAGUCACAAUGGUGUCCGUGCCAACUGCAUCCCCCCAGGAAACAUCUGGACCCCACUGUGGGAAGAGCUGGCAGCCUCAACACCUGACCCCACAGUCACAGUCCGAGAGGGCAUGCUGGCCCAGCCCCUGGGCCGCAUGGGCCAGCCAGCGGAGGUGGGGGCUGCUGCUGUGUUCCUGGCUUCCGAAGCCAGCUUCUGCACUGGGAUUGAGCGGCUAGUGACUGGGGGUGCAGAGCUGGGGUAUGGGUGCAAGGCAGGUCGGGGCGCCCCCGUGGAGGCCCCCACCAUCCCUUCGUGAUCUCCCACAUUUCCACUUGGGCCUCCCUGACUAGGGCUCUCCCACCCAAAACUCAGUCUCCCAAAUUCCAGUUUUCCCCCACAACUCUAGACAUCAAGCCCACUUACCAAUGUGCCAGACCACCGCACAGGUUCCCAUAAAAGCGCUCUGCAGCCAGAAGGAGGAAGGCAUCAUUACAUUUAUUUUUGGCCCUUUAUGAGUCCUACCACACCAGGACCCCAUCCCCCCUCCCCACCCAGCCCCACGCAUUCCCACGCGUGGCCUGGACCCGAGGGACUACAACUCCCGGCAGGCUUUGCAGCAGGAGCCUGUAGCAGGGUCUCCUGGGGAAAGUAUUGCAGGUCGGCUUCACCAGCACGCUAAUUAAAAAGGUCCGUAGGGGAGAGUAAAUUAAGCUCCGAUUAGGAGAUAAUGGAGGAGGUAAAGCAAAAAGAUCUGCGCUUUAUUCUGGGCCCUUAGGGAAAAGGAGUUUUGACCUUGCUGCCCGCCGAGUAGGAGGGUGGCCAGCGCCAAAAGUCCUGAUGGAAGAGAAAGCCGG